AAUACGAUUGUGUCAUCGCGAUUUAUGAUUAGUUUUUUCUCUUUUGUACCGCAAAAAUGACUACAUAUGAUGAAUGGCCGUUAAAGAAACUGAAAGAAGAACUGAGAAGAAGAAGAGCACGGGUCAGUGGCAGGAAAAAAGAUUUAAUAGACCGCUUAGUUGCAUAUGACAGAAUGUGCUUGACUGGCCAAGAGGAGUCAAAGAGGGAGUACCAAAUGCUAAGACCAGAUGAUAAGUUGUACAAAGACGUGGCAGGUUCAGUGAUCAAAACAAGCCAAGAGUUUGUUGAUCAGUUCCUUCUGCCCCUAGGGACAAGUCUCAACAAACUAGCAAUGGAUAUGUACAAGGACAGAUUCAUCAGAUUUAUUCGGUUUUGCAAAACUGAAUCAUUUAUUUUUGUGCGAGCUCAGUGUCGUGCAAAGAUGCGUAGAGCAGUUACUUACACCAUAGAUAUCAAGCUGGAGCAAGAUGGAUAUUUUUUAGAAAGCCAGUGUGAGUGCAAAGCAGGGGAAGGGCCGUCAGCACACUGUAAGCAUGUAAGGGCAUGCAUGCUAGCAAUUUUGGACUGCAGCAAUGGAAAUAAAAUGGUCUUGGAAACGACAUGUACUGCAGAGUUGCAGUCUUUUCAUCGCCCAAAGAAAAUUCACUAUGGUUCUCCCAUCAAGACAGCCAAUGUGCCAUCCAGGUCUAACAAUUCCAAAUUAAUAUUUAACCCCAUUCCAGAACAGUUCAAUGAAACACCUUCGGCUGUUUACUCAAGAGUAGCCAAUGCUUCCAUCAACUUUGCUGCCAACACAUCUGCCAAUCCUGCUAUCCUUCAAUUAUUCCCUCCUGCAAAUCUCAGGGCUGUUUACUCAGACCAUGAUUACAAUAAACUAUCACCAGAAGAUCAAUUUCUUGAAUCUGAAAACAUUACCGCAAUCAAUGCCACUGAAAUGCAGAAAGUGAAGACAGCAACUAUGGGACAAAACACAAACAAAAUUUGGUAUUCCGAGCGCUGUAAAAGAAUUACUUCUUCAAACUUUGGGAAAAUUUGUAAAAUGAAGAAGGCAGACCCUGGCAAAGCUGCCAAAGAACUUCAAUCUGUAAAACAGUUGAAUACCAAACCCAUUCGCCAUGGACAACGUUAUGAGUUCAAAGCAGUACGUGAAUAUGAGAAAAUUUCCGGGGUGACUGUUCAGAAAACUGGAUUAUGGGUUGAUGCAUCUCGUCCAUAUCUUGCUGCCUCUCCGGAUGGUAUUGUGAGCGUCGACAAGAUAUUAGAAGUGAAGUGUCCUUAUUCAAGUAAAGAGCAAAUCAUAUCCCCAGUCACAGUGCCCUACUUAGAAUAUGACAACAAUGGCCAGUUGAAAUUAAAGAAAAACCAUGACUAUAUGUAUCAGGUGCAAGGUGCAAUGCACAUAACAAAGACAAAAAAGUGUGACUUUGCAGUAUUUACCCUCAAAGACAUUAAAAUAAUUAGUAUCACUUAUGACAUAGUGAUGGUAGAGGAAAUGUUAAAAAAAUUAGAUGAUUUUUUUGUUAAGCAUUUCAGAAGAGUUUAUUUGGAAAGGUACCUGUAUCAUGAAAGUUAUUGAAAUGUGUUGUGCCUUUGUCCCCUCUAAAUGUUAAGAAGCACAUUAACAAA